AUCUAACGGUCGGUCUGAUCCCAGGACACUUUGUCACACACACACAACAUGAACACACACACAGACGAGACAGUGUGUCACACUGAAAGUGUCUCUGAUGGAUCAACAGCUGAUGAAACGACAUCAGAGUCACGAUGAACCAGCAGGGGGCGUCAGGUCACUGACCUUCAUCUUCAUAUUCAUCUCCAUCACUACGCUCAAUGUUUCUGUCGACAGGAUGACGUCAGCAGUGCUCUUCAUCACCUUCAUCUUCAUCAUCUGCAGCCCGAGGUGUGAGUCUGUGGCCGUCGGACACUCUGUCUCGUUCUCGGUGGUUUUCAGUGAAGAAACUCAGCUUAUGGUUCUGACUGAACUAACAUCCUGUGAUGAAGAUCAUCAUCAUCAUCAUCCUCCUCCUCCUCUUCCUCAGGAUAUUGAAGGUCCGUCGGUUCAGGUCUUGUCGAGUCUCCUGCCUCCUCAGGACGCAGGACGCCGCCUGCUGCUCUGCCUCGUCUCCGGACUCACGUCUCCCCUGCAGCACGUCCUGUGGUGGGUCGAUGACACGGUGCUGACGGCGCCGGCCGGUGACGUGUCACUGGUGAGGUCAGACGAGGAGGGCGGGGCCUACAGCGCCACCUCGGUGUUGGAGGUGUCGGCGGCAGACUGGAGGUCCGGGUCCACGUUCUGGUGCGGGACGGUCCAGGAGGGACGAGUCCACAGACGGAGGCUGAUUCCACAAACUGUUCACUGACGAUGAGUCAAGAGAGUCGCCCCCUGCUGGUCAGUACACAGAACACAGGCUUCAAACAUUCCACUAUCUGGACCCGGAGACUCCGCCUCCUGUGACCACGUCUCUGAUGUUACAUAUAAAUAUUGAUCAGUGCGACAUCAUCUGAUUGUGUUUGUUGGCUGAAAAAUGAAAAAAAAAUAAAUUGUGAAUCUUUGUUUGA